GUGUGUAGCCGGAGGGCUAGUGAUGGCGGUGGCCUCCCGAGGCAGGCAGAGGGAAAAACCGAGAGGGCGCGACUGUGUUUGGGCGAGGAAGUGGGCGCGCGGCUGAUUCGGCAGUGCAGCGUCUCUGAACAACAACCGUCGGUACCAUCGGCCGUGUCUAUCUGAGUUUUGGAUAUUACUUGAUGGUGAAACAUGGGAGAGAUAGAAGGCACUUACAGAGUACUGCAGACUCCAGGUUCUCGUUUGGGAGUCCAGAAAAACACUGGAGUAAGCACGCUGGAACCAGGACAAAACUUCUCCACAGCCAUAGCUUCAGCUCCUCCUACAAGUCAUGACCGGUCUGUACAGAUCAAGAUAAAGCUUUUGGAUAAUACAGUGGAGGUAUUUGAUAUUGAGUCAAAAUGUCUUGGCCAGAAGCUGCUGACAGAAGUAUAUAAACAUUUGAAUUUGGUUGAAUCGGACUACUUUGGAAUUGAGUUUCAGAACAUGCAGUCAUAUUGGAUUUGGCUUGAGCCUAUGAAACCCACCAUUAAACAAAUUCGAAGACCAAAGAAUGCAAUGAUUCGUCUAGCUGUAAAAUUCUUUCCUCCUGAUCCUGGUCAAUUACAAGAAGAAUAUACCAGGUAUCUGUUUGCACUGCAGAUUAAGAGAGACCUGGUAGAGGAACACCUUGCAUGCAACGACAACACAGCAGCACUCCUCAUUUCUCACCUUCUACAGUCGGAGAUUGGAGAUUUUGAUGAAACGGGGGACCGAGAACACCUUAAAAACAAUCUGUAUUUUCCAAAUCAGGAAAGACUACAAGGAAAAAUACUUGAAUUUCACAGGAAGCACAUGGGCCAAACUCCUGCAGAAUCAGAUUUCCAGGUGCUUGAAAUAGCUCGGAAGCUGGAGAUGUAUGGUAUAAGAUUUCAUCUGGCAUCUGACCGUGAGGGGACAAAAAUUAACUUGGCUGUUUCACACACAGGUGUGCUAGUAUUCCAGGGUAAUACAAAAAUCAAUACUUUCAACUGGUCCAAAGUCCGAAAAAUAAGUUUUAAAAGAAAACGAUUCCUUAUCAAGCUGCACCCAGAAGUGCAUGGUCCCUAUCAGGAUACUUUGGAGUUUCUUUUGGGCAGCAGGGAUGAGUGCAAGAACUUCUGGAAAAUCUGUGUUGAAUAUCACACUUUCUUCAGAUUAUUUGAUCAGCCAAAACCAAAGGCAAAAGCAGUCUUCUUUAGCAGAGGAUCAUCUUUCAGAUACAGUGGGCGUACACAGAAACAGUUGGUGGAUUUUGUUAAAGAAAGUGGGUUGAAAAAGAUUCCUUAUGAAAGGAGACAUAGCAAAACUAGAAUGUCUGCUUACACCUUGAAUCCUGAUGCACCCAAACAGAGUGUCUCUUUUACAGAAGGAUUAAAAGCCCCAGUGCCUAAUGCAUGUACAUAUGCCUCCUUCCAUUCGGAUAAUAUAUUAUCCACAAAUACUCCAAGUGUGCCCACUUUCACAGAGAACAACCCUUUCUUUGUGGAAUCCAGAAUAUCAAAUACAAGAAGCUCAACAUCAGAAGGAAAUAGUGGGCCAUCAGAAGAAACUGGGAAGAAAGUGGCACAGCAACCUGGAUCACCAGUACUCCAGACAUUCCAAGGCCCUCAGCUGUCAUCUUUCACAACGAAAAACCCAAUAACCUUGAACGCUCAAUUUCAUGUGAAUGUAAAUACAGCUGCCCAAGGCUCAUCUCCUCUUUUGAGCCCUGUCCUGAGUGAUGUGGGUGGUGCCAGGGCGGAAGAGGAGGAGGAAGCAAGACGCAAGCGAUAUCCAGCAGACAAAGCAUAUUUCAUAGCAAAAGAAAUUCUUGCUACCGAACGAACUUAUUUAAAAGACCUUGAAGUCCUAACAGUAUGGUUCCGCAGUGCAGUUGUCAAAGAGAAUGCCAUGCCUGAAGGCCUUUUGACCUUGUUCUUCUCUAACAUAGACCCUAUUUAUGAGUUUCACAGAGGUUUUCUCAAAGAGUUGGAACAGCGGUUAGCACUUUGGGAAGGACGAUCAAAUGCUCCCACAAAAGGAGACUAUCAACGGAUUGGUGAUUUAAUGAUUCGAAAUAUGCAUACGCUGAAGGAGCUUAGUUGCUACUUACAGAAACAUGAUGAGGUCCUGACAGAGCUAGAGAAAGCAACUAAAUACACAAAGAAACUGGAAAUGGUUUAUAAGGAAUUUGAACUCCAGAAGGUUUGCUAUUUGCCGCUCAAUACUUUCCUGCUUAAACCCAUCCAGAGGUUAAUGCACUACAAGUUGAUCCUGGCGAGACUUUGCAAGCACUACACAGUAGAUCACCGGGACUACGCUGACUGCAGGAAUGCACUGAAGGAGGUCACAGAAAUGACAUCACAGCUUCAAAACAGCCUCAUCCGCUUGGAGAAUUUCCAGAAGUUAACAGAGUUACAACAUGACUUGCUUGGCAUUGAUAACCUUGUAGCUGCUGGCAGAGAAUUUAUCCGGGAAGGCUGCCUGUACAAGCUCACCAAAAAGGGUUUACAACAGCGGAUGUUCUUUUUGUUUUCAGAUAUGUUGCUGUAUACAAGCAAAGGAGUCACAGGCACAAAUCAGUUCAAAAUUCAUGGGCAUCUCCCUCUACAUGGGAUGCUAGUGGAAGAGAGUGAAAAUGAAUGGUCUGUUCCUCAUUGCUUCACAAUCUAUUCAGCUCAAAAAACCAUAGUUGUGGCAGCAAGCACUCGUCUAGAAAUGGGAAAAUGGAUGGAUGAUCUAAACAUGGCAAUUGAAAUUGCCAAGAAAUCCAGUGAGAAAGAGAUGUCUCUAGACAAUUCCAUGUGCAGCCGUUCUAACAGAUCCUCUGAUGAGGUUUCUCUAGAACAAGAGUCCGAAGAGGACAUACAUUCUUCUCGUAGCUCCCUGGACAGGCAGAGCCACCACCGUGCCAACACUACCAUGCAUGUCUGCUGGUACCGCAACACCAGUGUCUCCAUGACUGAUCACAGUGUGGCCGUCGAGAACCAAUUAUCAGGAUAUCUGCUGAGGAAGUUCAAAAACAGUAAUGGUUGGCAGAAGCUGUGGGUUGUCUUCACAAACUUCUGCCUUUUUUUCUACAAAACUCACCAGGAUGAUUACCCACUGGCCAGUUUACCACUCCUUGGUUAUACAGUUGGAAUCCCAGUGGAAGCGGAUGGCAUUCAGAAAGAUUAUGUCUUCAAGCUGCAGUUCAAGUCCCAUGUGUAUUUCUUCAGGGCUGAAAGCAAGUACACCUUUGAAAGGUGGGUGGAAGUAAUAAAGAGAGCUACAAGUUCUCCUGGGAGAUCUAGCCUGUGCAUCCCAAAGGAUGAAAAGGAAAAGAUCACAAACUGAAAAGAGACGGGUCUCUGUUGAUGGUUAAUAGUUUGCAGCACAGAAGAAAUAAGGCAGGAGUUUGAGUUCAGCAGUAAUAAAAAAGAAAACCUGCAGUGGCAAAGCAAACUUGGCUAAUUUGACAGAAGUUGAUGAAUUUGCUGUAGUUCAGAAAGCAACCUUCUUGAAUGGAACUGCAAAGACUAUGGUGAUGGUGCAGUCUGUUGAACAAAUGGCAGCUGCUGGAUGUCAAAGUGGCAUACCUCUUUUCUUUUAAACUUACACAGGUAACAGCUGUUGGUGCUGCUUGUCACUGUCUGUCUUAUCUUCAGUUCUCUCUCAAGGGGAAGAGGACACUCUGAUACACUUGGGUUCUUCUUCCCAUAAUCCCUGGAGGCAGGAAACUGAUUGCAUUUUCCAUGAAGGGGGGAGGAACCUACUCUCAGUCUUGUUCUUGCCUCCAUCUGAGAGAGCAGUGGAUUUUGAAAGCUCCUGAGAUUUUCCUUUAAAGAGCUCCUUUGGUUGCACUUUGUUUUUAUUUUUCCAUAUGUGUGCCUUUCCCUUUGUUUACAAAAGAAACUUGUUCUGGCCUUGUCCACCCCAUGUCUGUUUGCCUUUUGCCUACUGCUUCAGUUAUGGUAAUGCAUGCAGCUGAGGUUUCUGAUCAUAGGACCUCCUCUGAGGGAGAGUUGGGGGAGGUGGUCUCCAGGCAGCAAAACAGGACAUCCCUGCAAACCAACCUGCCCUGCUGACCCACAGUGGCAGAGCAAUAGACCACAGAUUGCCUGGGUUGGAUUAUUAAGAAGCAGGCUUGAUUUUUUUUUGUGUCAAAACUGCAUUCCCUACUGAUUAGUUGGGACAGCUCAUCAGGCCUGCUUAAUGCAGCCUUCUGCGGCUAUUGAAGCAGCGAGUCAAAGAGAGAUAGUAGCUCCGCACUAGGGGGGAUGCCAGGAGGAAGGAGAGUUCUUUGUUGUUCCACCAGGCUUCCAGGACUGGCUAAAACAAUUUGUCUCCAGUCAGUUAGAGAAAAAAAAGAGCUUCUUUACCUUCCUAACUCAAGGCCUCUUCCCCCCUCACCAAUCAAACACCUUUAAAAAAUUAGCUACUUCAAGGCCUCUAGAUGAAAAGAAAUGCCAGGGCUCCUCUUCGCCAGCAAACGCUGCCUAUAAAAGCACCUUUCCCAUUAGGAGCAAUUAUUCAAAUCUCUCAUACUAUAGAUCUGAAGACACAGAUUCUCCCUUAGGAUUCUGAUGCAGAUCUGGAACAGGAUGAUGAUGAGGUUUUCUCUAGGGUUAGAAAGCUGGGUUCAACUUUUCCCUUCCAUUCCUUUUGAAAAACCUGAGAUAGAAAAGGAAUUGUCAGAUCCUACCAAUAACCAUGUACUCUUUUCCUCCCAAAGUAGCCAACUUAUUGAAAGUUGCAGUGGUAGAUGCUCCUGUAACAAGCUUAGCAUUGGAGGUGGCUCUUCCAAAAGAGGGAGAGGGUACCCUUAAAGAUCCUGAUGAUCAAAAAAAGUGACUCAGCUCUUUGCAGAGGCAUGAGGCCAUUGCCUUCUCCAUUAAAGCUUUUGUUUCCAUUU